AUGACACCCUCGUAUGAUGUGAAUGGUAGUUCUAAUAACGAUAGAUCCAGUAGAGAUGGAACUAGUACGGAUGAAACAUGUAUGUUUAAGAAGAAACUUCCUAGGGCCACUUUAAAGCAAAAGAUCGAAGUUUUAGAUUACCUUGCAGGACCUCCGCAGCGAUCACAGAUAGAAGCAUUGGGCCAUUAUAGAAGACUUGGAGAAUUUGCUAUAUCGCAGGCAACACUUUCAAACUGGGCAACACACGAGGAUAAGAUCAGAGAGGAGUUUGAUAGAAACCCCAAUUUGAACUCGUACAAGAAAAUACCGGUGCUAAAGUACCCGGAGAUAAACGAUAAGGUUGAGAAACACAUCUCUAUCCUUAUAGAGGAGGGCAUAAAGAUAAACAACAAGAUCAUAAAGGAUACAUACAUAAAAUUCAUGAAGGAGGAAGGUUUAGACGUGUCCGAUUUUAAACUUUCCACAGGCAUGCUAAAGUCAUUUAAAAAGAGGAAUUUAAACCAUCUUAAGACCAAAUUGGAUGCCUCCCAUUUAGGUGCUUCCAACUCUUCUGAACAGAAGACCGAUGUUACUGAACAUGCUCUUCCAUUUGAUAACCACCAAAUACAUCCAAGGGAUGCAGACCUCCAGCUUAAUACCAUUUCGGAAACCAUCGACUUGGACUUGGAUGAUUUUGAUAAAAUUUUCAAUGACACCACCGUGGGCCUCAGUACAAAGUUAAUCCACUCCGGCGAUGCAUAUACACCAAAUUCUAAUGAUGUGUUCACCUUCAACCCUUCUUCGUUGGACUAUUCUAAUCAGCUCUUCAAUUUACCAGUCACAUUGCCUCAACUGCAAACAUCUCCGCCGGCAAUUUCCAACAAAGAUGCGCCACAAAGUAAAUGUAAGGAAUUAUCCUCAAUAUCAAAUAUACUCCCCAAUCCUUUACCGACGAAACACAAACUCCCGUAUUAUCCAACUUACAAGAACCCUUUAAAUGAUAGCCAUGCAUACUCAAAGAGACACCAUAAUACCACCAGCAAUGCGAACUUUGUUGGAUCCAAAAAUUCCAAUCCAAACAGUGAAAAGAUUGAGAAGAUAUUGGAAAACAUAACAAACGGCUAUGUCACCUUGUACAAUUCCGGAACUUCCGCUAUUAUGGGGAUAUUGAGUAACAUCAACCCGGAUAACGUGUUUAUUGAUGAUGAAGGCUAUCAAGGGACUCAUGAUGUCAUUGGGUUUUUAAAUAAAUUAACAAACGUCAAGAAAUUCCCAUUGUCUUCAUUGGAUGCGAGCUCUACCAUUCCUUCAAAUUCAGUUAUGAUUAUCGAAUCGCCAAUGAAUCCACUCGGUUAUGUGCAUGACAUCUCUCACUAUUCGAAAAUAUGUAAGUCGGGUAACAAUGGAGCCAAUUGUAAGUUAAUUGUUGAUUCAACGCUUGCCCCUCCACCUUUACAGGAGCCUUUCAAAAAUGGGGCAGACUAUAUUGUGUACUCCGCAGUCAAAUAUCUUGCAGGUGUUAGUGAUUUAAGUGCGGGAUUCGUUGUCUCAAAGGAUAAACCUUCAAAAAUCUCACUACAUAAUGAAAGGAUGGCCUUAGGGACCUCCAUCGCUAAUUUUGACAGCUUCUUAUUGUUGAGAAGCUUGAGAACGUACAAAAUGAGAAUCUUAACGCAGUGUAACAAUGCAGAAAAAAUCAUCAAGUUCUUACUGAAAAACCAGAUUAAGUACAAAAACGUUUUGGCUAAAAUACAUCAUGCUUCUCUACAAGAAAAUGGCAGAAUUGUUAUGGAACAAUUGAACGAUUAUUACAACCCCGUAUUUGCUUUGGAAUUAAGGGAACCUUCAUACCCUGAUAAAUUGCUUCAUAGGUUCAACUUCUUAAGUAACAAUCCAAAUUUGGAAGGUGGAGAAACAUUGGUAGAGUUGAUAUAUGGGAAUAAUAAGUUCAUCUCUGAGGUUGACAAUUACAAGAGUUUGAAAAAUUACAAAAAAAUGCUAAGGUUCAGUGUGGGGUGUGAAGAUUUCCAAGAUAUUAUAAGGGAUAUUGACCAAGCAUUAACCGGUUUAAUGAAUUAA